AUGACAAAAGAAGACAAGAAGCCACUUUUGGACGCCUCAGGCGCCCACGAGAAUGACGACGCCACCGCUACAGCUAUCUUGAGAAGAAAGAAGAAGGACAACGCUUUGAUCGUCGAUGAUGCCACCAAUGAUGACAAUUCCGUCAUUACUAUGUCUUCUGCAACAAUGGAACUUUUGGAGUUGUUCAGGGGCGAUACUGUGUUGGUCAAGGGAAAGAGAAGAAAAGAUACUAUCUUGGUUGUUCUCUCUGACGACGAAAUGCCAGAUGGGAUUGCUAGAAUCAAUCGUUGUGUCCGUAAUAACUUGAGAGUGAGAUUAAGCGAUAUUGUUACGAUUCAUCCUUGCCCUGAUAUCAAGUAUGCUUCAAGAAUCUCUGUGUUGCCAAUUGCUGACACAGUCGAGGGUAUCACCGGUUCAUUGUUCGAUGUCUAUUUGAAACCGUACUUUGUUGAGGCCUAUAGGCCAGUUCGUAAGGGUGAUUUGUUCACUGUGAGAGGUGGUAUGAGACAAGUGGAGUUUAAAGUGGUGGAUGUGGAACCUGAGGACUUCGCCAUUGUCGCCCAAGAUACUAUUAUUCACUGCGAGGGCGAGCCUAUCAAUCGUGAAGACGAAGAGAAUAACAUGAACGAAGUUGGCUAUGAUGACAUUGGUGGAUGUAAGAAACAGAUGGCACAGAUUAGGGAAUUGGUUGAGUUGCCUUUGAGACACCCACAGUUGUUCAAGUCUAUUGGUAUCAAGCCCCCUAAAGGUAUCUUAAUGUAUGGUCCUCCAGGUACUGGUAAGACUAUCAUGGCUAGGGCUGUGGCGAAUGAGACUGGUGCCUUCUUCUUCUUAAUCAAUGGUCCCGAGAUUAUGUCGAAAAUGGCAGGUGAAUCGGAAUCCAACUUGAGGAAGGCAUUUGAAGAAGCUGAGAAGAACUCUCCUGCUAUUAUCUUUAUCGAUGAGAUUGAUUCCAUCGCCCCAAAGAGAGAUAAAACAAACGGUGAAGUCGAAAGAAGAGUUGUUUCUCAGUUGUUAACCUUAAUGGACGGAAUGAAGGCAAGGUCCAAUGUCGUUGUGAUCGCUGCCACUAAUAGGCCCAACUCUAUCGACCCCGCCUUGAGAAGAUUUGGAAGGUUCGAUAGAGAAGUUGACAUUGGUGUUCCGGAUGCAGCUGGUCGGUUGGAAAUCUUGAGAAUUCACACUAAGAACAUGAAAUUAGCGGAUGAUGUUGAGUUAGAAGCUAUUGCGUCUGAAACACAUGGUUUUGUCGGUGCUGACGUUGCUUCUUUAUGUUCUGAGGCAGCCAUGCAGCAAAUUCGUGAAAAGAUGGAUCUCAUCGAUUUAGAGGAAGAGACCAUUGAUGCCGAGAUCUUGGAUUCAUUGGGUGUCACUAUGGAGAAUUUCCGCUUUGCUUUGGGUAACUCCAAUCCAUCCGCCUUGCGUGAGACCGUGGUUGAGAAUGUUAAUGUCACCUGGGAUGAUAUUGGUGGCUUAGAUGAUAUCAAGAAUGAGUUGAAGGAAACUGUCGAGUAUCCAGUGUUACAUCCAGAUCAAUAUCAGAAGUUUGGAUUGGCACCCUCCAAAGGUGUGUUGUUCUUUGGACCUCCUGGUACUGGUAAAACCUUAUUGGCGAAAGCUGUUGCCACCGAGGUAUCCGCAAACUUCAUUUCUGUCAAGGGACCUGAAUUAUUGAGUAUGUGGUACGGUGAGUCGGAGUCUAACAUCAGAGAUAUUUUUGAUAAGGCCAGAGCUGCUGCUCCUACUGUCGUUUUCUUGGAUGAAUUGGAUUCUAUCGCCAAGGCAAGAGGUGGCUCUCACGGUGAUGCUGGUGGUGCAUCUGACAGAGUUGUUAACCAAUUGUUGACUGAGAUGGACGGUAUGAAUGCUAAGAAGAACGUCUUUGUCGUUGGUGCAACUAAUAGACCUGAUCAGAUUGAUCCAGCCUUGUUGAGACCAGGAAGAUUGGAUCAGUUGAUUUACGUACCAUUACCCGAUGAGGCUGCUAGAUUGUCUAUCUUACAGGCACAGUUGAGAAACACUCCAUUAGAACCUGGUUUGGAGUUGACUGAAAUUGCCAAAAUUACUAACGGCUUCUCCGGUGCCGACUUGUCGUACAUCGUCCAAAGAUCCGCUAAGUUUGCAAUCAAAGACUCCAUUGAGGCCCAUAUCAGGAUCACUAAGGAUAAGGGCGACGUGAAGCAGGAAGAGAGUGGGGACGUUGAUAUGACUGACAAGCCUAAGGCUGAAGAUGAGGAGGAACAGGAAGACCCAGUGCCCUACAUCACCAAGAAUCACUUCGAGGAAGCCAUGAAGACUGCAAAGAGAUCUGUGUCAGAUGCCGAGUUGCGUCGUUACGAGGCCUACGCUCAGCAGCUACAAGCGUCUAGAGGUCAGUUCACUAACUUUAGAUUUUCCGAAAAUGAAGGUAUCGCUGGCGACAUCAUGAGAGGUCUCUCCACUGGAACUGUCUUAGCUAUUGGUCCAGUAUUCCUCGUGGCAGCUGAUUUUAUUGCUACGAGGUUCUCUACUAGCCUGCUGAAGAAGGCAUCAACCAGAACUCAGUCCUUGUUCAGAAAUCAUGUUUAUGGUACACACUUCUACAACACAGAACUUCGCAAGUUCUCCAAAAGACCAUGA